GUGACGUCACGCGAAACCGGAAGCAGAUGGAAGAUGGUGGAAACUGCGAGAAACACUGUUGAUGUAGAGCCAGGAGUAAAAAUAAACCGCAGCCACAAGCUCGGGUGUUUCGGAGGGAGCGGCCGCACAGAAUAACGGAUAACUGAACACUGAGGCGAGGAGUAUUUGCUGCCGUUGUGGUUUUGUCGGAGAAGUGUGCGUACAGCGCUGUUAGUGUUAGUUCAAAUUAUCCGUUCGAGUGCUGCUCGGGUUAGCUGUGAGGCUAACGGCGGUGUGUCACCGGGGAGCGCGCGGAGCCGCCGCGAGCCCGUCGUGACGUGUGAGUGUCGGAGACUAGCCGCCCGCCCGAUUCACAGGACUGACACGGUGUCACAGGCGCGUUCGAGCGGAGCGGAGCGGACCGCCAUGCCCCUCCUGUUCCUGGAGCGCUUCCCCUGGCCCAGCCUGCGGACCUACACAGCCGGGAGCGCCGCCCUGCUGGUCGCCAGCGUGCUCAGCGCGUACAACGCCUUAAGCCAGCCGCCGGGCCCGGGGCACGGAGACCUCCCCGGGGACGGAGAGCCUCCGGUGCUCGUGCUGCGCCACUUGGGCGGCGGGCUCGUCUCCCACGUGUUCUGGCACCUGGUCUCCGACAGCCUCUUCGUGUGGGUGCUGGUGAACACAGCUUGCUGCUUGCUGAUGCUGCUGGCCAAGGCGAUCCAGUGCCUGGUGUUCGGUCCUCUGCGAGUCAGCGAGAAGCAGCACCUGAAGGACAAAUUCUGGAACUUUGUCUUCUACAAGUUCAUCUUCAUCUUUGGCGUGCUGAAUGUCCAAACCGUGGAGGAGGUGGUCAUGUGGUGCUUGUGGUUUGCCGUACUCAUCUUCCUGCACCUCAUGGUCCAGCUGUGCAAAGACCGCUUUGAAUAUCUCUCCUUUUCACCCACCACACCCAUGAGCAGCCAUGUGCGCGUGCUCACCCUACUGGGCUCCAUGCUGCUGUGCGGCUGUGGCCUGGCCUUGCUGUGCGCGCUGGUGGGACCAGCGUACGGAAUGCACACGGUGUCUUUCAUGGCUGCGGAGUGUCUGCUGGUUAUUGUCCGUACUGCCCAUGUCAUAAUGAGGUAUUCAUUCCACCUGUGGGAUCUGAACCACGAGGGAACCUGGGAAAACAAGGGCACAUACGUGUACUACACUGACUUCAUCAUGGAAUUAGCCCUUCUGUCUCUGGAUCUGAUGCACCACAUCCACAUGCUGCUGUUUGGCAACAUCUGGCUCUCAAUGGCCAGUCUGGUGAUUUUCAUGCAGCUGCGUUACCUUUUCCACGAAGUUCAGCGUCGCAUCCGACGCCACAAGAACUACCUGCGUGUCAUUGACAACAUGGAGUCCAGGUUUGCUGUGGCUUCCCCUGAGGAGCUAGCUGCCAACAACGAUGACUGUGCCAUCUGCUGGGACUCCAUGCAGACGGCGCGCAAACUGCCCUGCGGACAUCUCUUCCACAACUCAUGCCUGCGCUCCUGGCUAGAACAGGAUACUUCCUGCCCUACCUGUCGUAUGUCCUUGAACAUCAAUGAGGGCAGCAGGGCACGUGACGACCAGCAGAGGGAGCCCUUAGAUGACAACAUAGUGCCUGGACCUGGUGCUGAGCCCCACCCCCACCUCAACCAGCAUAACCACUUCUUCCACUUUGAUGGCUCUCGCAUUGCCAGCUGGCUGCCCAGUUUCUCUGUGGAGGUCAUGCACACCACCCACCUGCUUGGCAUCGCGCAGGCAAACAACUCCCAGCUCAAUGCCAUGGCCCAUCAGAUCCAGGAGAUGUUCCCUCAAGUGCCCUUCCAUCUGGUACUCCAGGACCUGCAGCUCACACGCUCAGUGGAGAUCACUACGGAUAACAUCCUGGAGGGACGAAUCCAAGUGCCCUUUCCGACACAGGUGAACGAGUGGGCCCCCCCACAGGUCGCAACCCCAGUUACUUCCGUGGAGGAGCUGCCCGGGGCCAGCGGAGGCGCAGAGCCGGUUCCAAGGGAGGAUGUGGAAGUCCGGGGCAGUCGCUUCUCCAAAUCGGCUGAGGAGAGGCAGAGGAUGCUUGUGCAGAGGAAGGAGGAGAUGCUACAGCAGGCACGCAGGAGGUUCCUGAACAGGAGCCCUGAGGGAGAUGAGGAGGAAGAGGAGGAGGAGGGGGGCGAGGAGGGGGAAGAUGGCCUGCCUGCUCUGGAGGUCGACAAUGUGGCCCGUGGCCUGGAUCACAUAGCGUUGCGACGACGGAUGCUUGCAGCGGCAGCGGAACGCCGGAUUCAAAGGCGACAGGACACUCCCCAGUGAUGCGGUGCCCCCCACUCCUUCCCCACCUUUCCCUCCGCACAGUUCCCACACCAGCAGCCUCCGUGCACCAACCUGCCAGAAGUCUCCUCGGCUUCUUCCUCGGAAGCACGGAAUUUGCAUUUCUCUUUACCUACGAUAGCUGUGACAGCCCAGGCGAACGAGUGCAGUGGAUGCGCUGCAUGUUGGCCAGCUGCCAUUUUGCUGUGAUGUUUUAGGUUGCCUUAGCGAGAAGGCGACCUUUUCUUAAGAGCUUGAAUGUGUUUUAGAUUUCACAGCUUUAAUCGUUCUCAUCUGCUUCUUUCCCACAGUAAAGUUUUUGGGGACAGUGCUCGUAAACCCUUUAUGUCACAUGCUCGUACCCUCCGCUUUGUCAUGCACACUUGCCUGGGAACAAUGUCUGUGUCACAUCUGAGCAGAAAUGUGGGAGGAUGUGGAAGUGAGUCUGUGCUGCGAAACACCUUCUUCAUGGCAGUUUUUUAAAAAAAAAAUUUUUGUACAGUCAGUCAUUUUGGGAAACACUGUAAACGCACAUCUGUUUUUAAGGGUUUCCCAUGUGUUGAGGGAAAAAGCUCCGUUCUAAGCAACAGACGCUGUGCAAAUGGAAUAUAGUGUCACAAAGUGCUACAGUGUGCAGCCUAAAGUAAAGUAGGAGUGUAAAUUAUGAAACAUUUACAUAGAGGUAUAUGUAGCAGCAUUUCUGAAGAGAAAAUACUCUAUUUUAAUGUGCAUAAGAGUUCUGUGAAAGUCAAAUGUGAACCCACCAUAGACUGUGUGGAGUGGUUGCACCCCCAUGUGUGUUUGUUUGCAGACCGUACUGUGCAGGAUCACAGAGCGUAACCGUCGGAGGUUAGAAAAAGUCGCCGAUAUAGUCAGCUGUUAAUUGUUCGUGUUUCCUCAGUGGUCCUCAUGGUCUCUAUGACAGAGAAACGUAUUAUUGUCCGUUGGUGUGGAUUUGGAAUUGGGUCUGUUUUUGGCUAAGGCUCAUUUCAGUGCUGGAAUUUCUUUCUCAUUUAACAAGCAUUAAGCUAAAGAUGUUUUUUUCUGAAUUGAGGUAUUUUCUGCUCUCCAUUUGCUGCCUUUGCUGUAAGGCACGCAUACCAAGCUGUGUUCUUCUUUCCGUUCACCACCGACGACAGUGUUGUCUCAUUUUAUCCUAAAAAUGUUCAUUCUGAAAUCAGAGUUAAUUCAGGUGUUCAACACUACGGGAACGGAAUGGUGUGGUUGUCAUUUUACGAAUAAUCGUGAUGACCACAUGACAGAGUUAGGAACAGCAACGCCUCUACUUCUCUGCAAGUAUUUUCCUCCAUACCUUUAGCAUGGGCUUUUGAGGUUUUUUUUUUUGUGCCCCUUACCUCAUACCUCAUAGUAUUGUUGAGUGCUUUACUGUUUGGUAUAAUUACCCUGAUAAUUGUUCAAAUGUGAGUGAAGCAAAAUUUAAGUAGGAUCAUAAGCUCUUCUGUUGGAUUUUAGGUUGUGACCUGUGAAUGUCCUCUCCUUCAUGAGCUGAGGUAGGAGUUCAGCGAAAUGUCUUUUCCUUAUUGAGGGGUGUGGGAGGGAAGCCACAUGUGCACAAGACGCUCUGACCGUGGACAAAGCUUGGAGAUAAUGACAGGAGGUGCCCCGCUGUCCAUCUGUCCUGGCCAUCAGCUGUGUCCUUUCCCACCUGUAUAACAGAGGUGGACCUUUGCUGGUUUUACUUUCCAUUUGGAGAAAUCCAGGUAUUUCAGUUCCAUUUAUUGUUUAUGAAGAGCUCUUUUCAGCACUGUGACCCACGGCGCUCGAGCUAGAAGUUCAUGAAGUUGACUCAUGAGCGACUGUGUGUGCACAUGUAUUGCUGGAAGGGGCAGCGAUGAGGAAAGGUGUUUCUACAUGAGAAGAGGGCGUCUCUGUAGUUGCUGCGCAAUUCUAAUGCUGUAGAAUUAAUUUCAUAUUUAGUUUCUGGGAAGGUGUGUGACCUCUUGCAUGUACUUCAGGCAUGUACCCAGAAUGACACUUAUUUUGAACCAUGAAUAGACUCUUUGUUAGCUAUAUAUCUUCUUAAAAAUUAUUUUCAAAGAGCUUGCGCUUACAAACUUAAUGUCAAAAAUUAAAUUUAUUAGAAAGCGCUGACUUUUUUCUUCAACAGGUUUUUGAUGCUCUUAACUGUGUACAUAAACCAAAAGCAAUUAGGUUUUUGUUGUUUGCACAGUUGCACCUUGUAGGAGUCUUUCUUAAAAUAGCAAGUCUCAGUACACUAACUGUAUUUACAGUUGGGUUUCUCAAACAAGCAGACAGAAUAUGAAACCGGAUGCUUUGGAACGCUUUUGACGCAAAAAAAGAAAAAAAAAAAAAAACAAAA